AGGGCUCCCUCUUCUAUGCCUUUACAAUGCCUCAGGCAUCUGCUGCCAGAAUACCUCAAGCAUCUGCAGCCAUAGUGUCUCAUGAGAAAGUCUACACAUCUUUGACAACACAGGCUCAACUGACACAAAAAGUUAAACCCAAGAUAAGGUCAUCCAGUAAAGAUAGGCAGUCCAGUGUGCCUGGCAGAGGAACAAACCAUGGAUCUAAUGGAUGCCUUUCAACCACUGUGCCCCGCCCAUUACCCCCUGGUCCUGGACCUUUGGAUGCAUAUGGACGUAAACUUGACACCGGACGGAGCUUAAAGUCUAACAGGACUAGGGACAAACAUGGGCCACUUAAAGCAGAUCACUCUGUGGGAAUUGGUGCCUGUGUCAGGCCUCCAGGCCAGGUAGCAUUAGAAGCUGAAGAUCAUCAGGCACCUUUUUCCUGUAAAACAACUUUGACCAGGUCAAAAUCAGUGAGCCAAAAUGACCUCAAACAUAUCGCAAGCAAGAUUGAGCAAAUUAAGGAUCAGUUUUCUGCAUUCACUUUGCGGACACGUAGUCCUUCUUUGACCCGUACUCCCACCACAGAUGCAUACUCUACCAAUCUUCGGCGGAGCUCUUCUCUACGUACCUUAAAUAGACAGGACGAUGUUGAUAAGCCACGUGGAGUGAAGGUGACACAACCAGAAAAAGUGCCAGAGUCACAGGUGCUUCUGCCCGAAAAAACACCAUUUAGGAUUGUCUCAUCAGACACUUCCACAUUAGUGACCCUGCUUGGCAUAAAUUACAACACCAAAGAUGUGACCACAUUUACCUCUUCGGACCAGCCAGUAUUAGGAACAGGACGUGUUGGACUCCGUAAUCUUGGAAAUACGUGUUUUAUGAACUCCAUCCUUCAGUGCCUGAGCAACACACAAGAACUGCGUGACUACUGUCUGCGUAGAGAGUAUCGGCGGGAGCUAAGUGGGACUUCAAGGACCCGUACUGACCUCAUUGAUGCUUUUUCAGAUGUACUGGCAGAUUUGUGGCGUCCAGAAUCUUCAGAACCUGCAAGCCCUGGAAAGUUCAAAUGUGUGUUCCAGAAGUUCUUUCCAUACUUUACAGGAUACAGCCAGCAGGACGCACAGGAAUUUCUGAAGUUCCUUAUGGAGCGCCUCCACUGUGAAAUUAACAGGAAAGGGCAGAGAUCCCCCAGGAUAAUGACAAAUAUGGAGAGAAGUACACUUCUGGAAGACCCUGAUACUCUUCGGGAAGAUGAAAAAGCUAUGCAGGCAUGGAAGCGAUACUUGGAACGUGAGGACAGCAAGAUUGUUGAUUUGUUUGUUGGGCAGCUGAAAAGUUCCUUGAAAUGUCUUGCCUGUGGACACCGUUCCAUCAUGUUUGAAGUGUUUUGUGAUCUGUCACUUCCUAUCCCUAAGAAGUACAGUGGGAAGUUAUCUCUUGAUGAUUGUUUCAGUCUGUUUACACGUGAGGAGGACUUGGAAGCUGAAAAUGCCCCAAUGUGUAGUCGCUGUGGGGAAAAAAAGAAGAGCUCUAAGAAGCUAACGAUUCAACGGUUCCCUAAAAUUCUUGUAUUGCAUCUGAACAGGUUUUCCACCACUAAAUACUCCAUCAAGAAGUGUGUGACGUAUGUUGAAUUUCCACUGCAGAAGCUAAACUUGCAUGGCUGCACUGCAGAAAAAGCUGGAAAUGCUGUAUACAACCUUUAUGCUGUCUGCAAUCAUUCUGGAACUGUGCAUGGUGGACACUACACAUCCUACUGUAAGGAUCGAAUCAGUUGGUACUGUUACAAUGACACACGAGUUUCCACAGUUCAUGAUAAUCAGGUGCUGUCCAGUGAGGCUUAUGUCUUGUUCUACAAGCUGGAAGACACUAUCCCAAGCAAAUAGACAGUGCUCCUUGGUUUAUUUGUGGAAUUCUUCCUGCCCGUUCAUAUUUUAGCAUCAUUUCAACCUUCUCUAAACAUUUUACUUCAGUGGUUAUGGUGGCCUGGGCUAAUGGGAAGUAAAACUGUCUCUGACGUCUAUAUUAUUUGAUUGUCAGAAUGCAAGCUUCGUUUUUUAUUGCUUCAUACUUGCAGCUCUUCAUAAAUGAGAAGGAGUUGAAAUCCUACAGCUGAUGAACUGAAAGCUGCAAAAAAUGAAGGCACAGCUUAUUUUUAGAAUAUACUAGUUAUUUUUGUUUAAGAAAGCGGAUUAAAGUUGCAUUCGGAUUGGCUUAAGGGACUAAAAUAUUCAAGAUGGUAAAUGCGGCCUCAGAAGUGUAAGAGGAUUCAUUUUCACAUUACUUAUUCAUUCGUCACGGAACCAUCAAAGGAAAGCCGGUUAUGUGAAUAUGCACAUUAAAAUGGAUCUCUGUAAAGCACUGCUGGUAGCAGCUACCCAAUAACAUUUUUAACCAGUCUACUGAGGUCUUCAUUAAUUUGCCUUGUCUUCAAAAUACUGAGAAGGAAUGUACGUAAUGGAGUAGUGAGAGUUGUGAUAUUAUAGCUCACAAACCACUAAGUGAAGUGUUUUUUGAGGGAGUUGGGGAGGCGAUAUUUCACAUGAAGGGUUACAAUAUGUGUUACAAGCAUUCUAGGAGUUUGUAGUCUGCUUGCUGUCUAUUGUCAGUAGAGCUAGAGUAAAAUUCCCAGAAAUUAGUUUUGCACUGUACAACUUUUUCAUUUUUAGAGAAAUGUUUAUAACUGUUUUUACAAGUUUUAUUUAUUAUAAAAUGGUUAGUAAAGCUAAUUGCAGAGACGUGUUGCACUGUUUCAAGUAUUGUAGUCGCAGCUAUUUAUUUUAAACCAUAUUUCCCUUAGUAAAAGAAAUUGGGUUAAUGCUGCAACUUUUUUUUAGAUCUUCCAUUAUUUAACUUGGGUGAGAUGGACUUUGGCACCUUGGUAGUCAUGCAUUUUUUUUUUCUUUUGCUGAAGUUGUUUCUUGAAGACUUCCUGUAACAUGAGUAUGCAGUUUGCAGCCCAUGGUUUGAUAGGGUGGGCAUGACUUACAUGAAAUGUUCCCAGCCUUUCUUCAGGUAGUGGCGUACUGGAGGAUAGUAUGCAGCAUCUGGGACUUGUGAACUAUUCCAUACCAGACAAAGUGCUGCAGGAACUGGGGUUAGUAGGGCAGCACUGUGGGGUACCAUUCUUUCAUGUGAAGUAGGAAAACAAUGCCGUUGCUAUAGCCUUAGAAUGUAUCCAUUCUUGUGUGAGCUGAAAAAGCAGUUAAUGCCACUGUAUGAUGUAUAGCUUAAAAACUGAUGAUCAAUGAGGCAUGCUUCUUGAGAAUGGCAACAGCUGGGUCACUCUUAGUGCUGCUUCAAGGUAGGUCACCCUACUAAAUCUAGAAGCUGGCCUGCUUCCUAAUGCUGCACUCUCACCAUAAGAGGAAUGAAUGAUGAUUGAAUGGAGCAUAGAACUCUUGCCCAGCUCUGGUUUACCUGACUCACACUCCUGCAUGACUGUGACAGCUGGCCAGCUUCCAAAGCUUCAGGGCACUUCCACACACACAAACCAUCAGUCAGCUUGAGCUGAGUUGACUAAAAAGGCAGGUUUUGGCAUUGAGCCCUUCAGAGAUUUCCUGCCACUGAAGAUUACACCCCUCUGAGGUUAACUGUUGGCUUGUGUUGCUCCUUUGCUGGGAGAUGAGUUCCCUUUGUGGAAAAAAAAAACACUUCCAUUUAAAAAAAAAAAAAAUUAUUGUAUAGCAUUUUCCUGUGAAAAUUUUCAAGAAAUAUAUUUUACAGCCUAGGAAUUUGUGUUUUAACGAACUGUCACAAAACAACUGUACUUUUAAGCAAGAGUGUUCUGUUUCUUUUCUAUUUAAAAGUUGUUUAAAGUAAUUGAAAAACAUUUUUCAGUGGAGAAGUUGUGCUUAUUUUAAUUUUGGGCUAGUAAAGUCUUUUAAAGUGCUUUUUACUAUAUUUUUAUGUAAAGUUUUUACUGGCUUUUCCUGCUUUAUUUCCCCGGGAAAGAGGCACCAUUUCCAGCUUGACUGUGGGACAAACAGUCUUCCUCCAAGCCACAAAGAGAAAAAGAUAAUCAAAUAGCCUUUGCCACAACAGCAAGCUAGCAGUUUGCCUCAGCUCUAGGUUGGAGAGACUGCUGUGGCAUUAGUAGUACAUCAGACAACUCAUCUUUUACACUGGAUCCCUCUGGUGUGGCACUUACAGGUCUAUAUUAUGUGAUCAAACAGUGAAAUGACUCCUAAAUGUCGAACCGGUGGAAUGUCUAAAGGUUCAAUGGAGAUUUACAUAUAGUGCGGACAUGGACGUUUUCCAUUGUCUACACUGCAGUGCGAUCUCGGAGUUGGUAUAUUUAAGUAGCGAGGGGUGCAGGGGGGCUUUCCCCCUUGCUUAGAGUGUUUUUAUGG